AUGCUAAAAGAUGAUUACGUCAAGAUCCUCUUGUGCUGGUUCACCCUGCCGCCAUCACCAAAGUCAUCCACAGACACCUGGCGACUCGCCCUGUAUCCCUGGACGCACCAGCACACGCACCUCUUCCCCUCGACAUGUUUCGUCCUUGACGACGGCAGCGGCACGGAGGCGGGCUACUGCAUCGACUGCCCUUCCGUGGACGCUUUAAUCGCGGCCUACGCGUUGCACGUCACGGCCGUGCUGGACGCAUCCCCGGAGGUGCACCCACGGUCGGACCCGCUUAAGCCGCCGGAGCCGUGGACCAGCGCCGAGGGCUCCGUCAACGCCGCGUCCCUGGCGCAGCUGGCCUACGACCCCCACCAGCUGGCUCCGGUCGCCCACACCGACGUACCGCCACGGUUCCGCACCACGCUGCACAUCGACCUGCUGGAGCCAUGGCAGGCCAAGGGAUGGGGCGGCAAGCUGCUGGAGCGCCUGGUGGGGGCUCGCGGAGCGGUGUGACGGCGACGGCGCCGCAGGGAACCAGGCGUUUGGCUCAGCCUGGCAGAGGACAAUGCGAAGGUGGUGCGAUUCCAGGAACGGACGGAGUUCGAGCUGUGGAAGCCCCUGGAUCCCAAGCAGCGGACGAAGGUCCAGAGGACACUCACAAUGGGGGCAGGCCGAAGCGCAGGAUCAG